AGCGGACACUCACUCACUUCACUCUUUCACUUCGCUCUUGCUUCCCAUGGCUAAUUUUUUCUCCAGUUUUCUCCCUUUGCUGUUCCUUCUUUUGAUUUCCUCUGAUUUUCCGAAAUCAUUUUCCUCUGAUCAAACUGUUAAAACCUUCAUCUUCCGUGUAGACUCUGAAUCGAAGCCGUCCAUUUUCCCCACUCAUUAUCACUGGUACACUUCCGAGUUCGCGGAACCAACGCGAAUCCUCCAUGUGUACGACACCGUUUUCAAUGGCUUCUCAGCCGUUGUAACUGAAACCCACGCCGCUUCACUCAGUAACCACCCUUCAGUCCUUGCUGUUUUUGAAGACCGCCGCCGGGAGCUUCACACGACUCGCUCCCCUCAGUUCCUCGGGCUAAGAAACCAACACGGACUUUGGUCCGACUCAGACUACGGAUCCGAUGUCAUAAUAGGAGUAUUUGACACCGGAAUCUGGCCCGAACGACGUAGCUUCUCAGACACGAAUCUUGGACCGAUUCCGGCUCGGUGGAAAGGAGUUUGCCAAACCGGAGCCAAAUUCGUUGCUAAAAACUGUAACCGUAAGUUGAUUGGAGCGAGAUUCUUCUCUAAAGGUCAUGAAGCGGCUGCGGGACUGGGUGGUCCGAUUGCCGGAAUCAACGAAACGAUCGAAUACAUGUCGCCGAGAGAUGCUGAUGGUCACGGGACUCACACGGCCUCAACCGCCGCCGGAAGACACUCAUUCCGCGCCAGCAUGGAAGGUUACGCUGCCGGGAUCGCGAAAGGUGUGGCGCCGAAAGCCAGACUGGCGGUUUACAAGGUUUGUUGGAAGAAUUCAGGUUGUUUCGAUUCCGACAUUUUAGCCGCUUUCGAUGCAGCCGUUAAUGAUGGCGUCGACGUAAUUUCGAUUUCGAUCGGGGGCGGAGACGGAAUCUCUUCUCCUUAUUAUCUCGACCCGAUCGCAAUCGGAGCAUACGGUGCGGUCUCGCGGGGGGUAUUUGUGUCUUCUUCGGCUGGAAACGAUGGGCCUAAUCUAAUGUCGGUUACCAACCUUGCACCUUGGUUGGUUACGGUUGGAGCGGGAACAAUCGACCGGAACUUCCCUGCUGACGUCAUCCUUGGUGAUGGGAGGAGGUUAAACGGCGUCUCGUUGUACUCCGGUGAGCAGUUGAAAGGCAAGAUGUAUCCGUUGGUGUAUCCUGGUAAAUCAGGGGUACUCUCGGCUUCUCUAUGUAUGGAGAAUUCGCUUGAUCCUCGUGUUGUUAAGGGAAAGAUCGUAAUUUGUGAUCGUGGGAGUAGUCCGAGGGUGGCCAAAGGUUUGGUGGUGCAGAAAGCUGGAGGAGUCGGCAUGAUUCUUGCUAAUGGGGUUUCAAAUGGUGAAGGCUUGGUGGGUGACGCUCAUAUUUUGCCCGCUUGUGCUCUUGGGUCAGAUGAAGGGGAUGCAGUCAAAUCAUAUGUUUCAACAUCAGCAAAUCCGACGGCUACCAUUGAUUUUAAGGGUACUGUCAUUGGUAUCAAGCCAGCGCCUGUUGUGGCUUCGUUUACCGGGAGAGGACCCAAUGGGUUGAACCCUGAAAUUCUCAAGCCGGAUUUAAUUGCUCCGGGGGUUAACAUUUUGGCUGCUUGGACUGAUGCUGUUGGACCAACAGGGUUAGACUCUGAUCAACGGAAAACAGAGUUUAAUAUCCUAUCAGGAACCUCGAUGGCUUGUCCUCAUGUUAGUGGUGCAGCGGCUUUGCUUAAAUCUGCACACCCUGAUUGGAGCCCAGCGGCAAUUCGAUCUGCUAUGAUGACUACUGCCAGUAUAACUGAUAACAAGAAUCAGCCUAUGAUCGAUGAGGCAACUGGGAAGCAGUCGACUCCUUAUGAUUUUGGUGCUGGGCAUCUUAAUCUUGAUCGCGCAAUGGAUCCGGGUCUUAUUUAUGAUAUUACUAACAAUGAUUAUGAAAACUUCUUGUGUGCUAUUGGUUAUAAUCCGAAGUUAGUACAAGUUGUUACGCGAUCGCCGGCGGUUUGUCCAAUGAAGAAGCCGUUGCCUGAGAAUCUUAACUACCCUUCGAUCGCUGCAUUAUUUUCAACCACGUCGAGGCGUCCAACAAGUAAGACUUUUAUUAGGACGGUGACCAAUGUGGGUCAGGCAAAUGCAGUUUAUGUAGCGAAGAUAGAGGCACCGAAAGGGGUGAGAGUGACAGUGAAGCCGGUGGAGUUGGUGUUCACGCCAGCGGUGAAGAAGAGGAGCUUUUUCGUGACCAUAACGGCUGAUAGCAAGCAUCUGGUGCUGGAUAAUUCAGGAGCUGUUUUCGGGUCACUGUCUUGGACUGAUGGGAAUAAGCAUGUGGUGAGGAGCCCUGUCGUGGUCGCUCAACUCGAUCCCUUGUAAAAACUACUGGUAACUUUCGGAUUCGAUCAAUGUAGGUUUUGAUCGAUGAAAAGAGUUUGGUAAGACUUUGGUAGGUGGGAGUUACGAUAUUUAAUCAGGGGAGAAAUCAAUAUAAGGUAGCAUAAGUGUAGAACUUGCUGCGCAUAGUGAAGCACUCUUGUGCCUUUUUGUGUGUUUCGUUUCUUCUUCGGCAGGGGUAGGAAUUAGGGUGGCCUUUCAAGAACCGGAUUUGAGGGUGUCUUAGUGUGACUUUUUGCCCUUGUUUUCUCUUUCUUAAUCUUGUGUAUUUAUAAACUUGAGAAGUUUAUCUAUAUACAGAAUAGUUCUAAGAAAUUAUUAGACAAUGAAAUCUCCAUCUUUGCCGGGUAAUGAUAGACCCUAA